AUGUACUCUGUAUUAGAAAAAGAGCUAUUAGAAUAUAUUAAAAAAAAACAGAAAGAGAAGAUUGCAGUCACAAUGCUUAUGAUCCAAAGAAAAGCUAAAGAGUUGGGAGAAACUCUUAGUAUUGAAAAUGCUCGGUUUUCAUGUGGUUGGGUUGUACGUUUUAAGCAUCAUCAUAAUCUGGUACAACAUGCUUGUACACAAGUCGCACAGAAGUUUCCUGAAGAUAUGCUCUUAGUUGUUAGGGAUUUUCUAAAAAAGUCGCAUGAAAAAACUAUAAAUAUAGAAAAAAAAUUCAUUAUUUAUUUUAAUGAAACUCCCAAUGUGGUUCAACAUGCCAUGGAAUUCGACACUUGA